AUUGUCCUUUGGGCUGCUGCCUACACAGUCAUCGUGGUGACUUCCGUGGUGGGCAACGUGGUGGUGAUGUGGAUCAUCUUGGCCCACAAGAGAAUGAGGACAGUUACAAACUAUUUCCUAGUGAACCUGGCCUUCGCGGAGGCCUCCAUGGCCGCCUUCAACACCGUGGUGAACUUCACCUAUGCUGUCCACAACGAGUGGUACUACGGCCUGUUCUACUGCAAAUUCCACAACUUCUUCCCCAUUGCUGCUGUCUUUGCCAGCAUUUACUCCAUGACGGCUGUGGCCUUGGAUAGGUACAUGGCCAUCAUUCACCCCCUCCAGCCCCGACUGUCAGCCACGGCCACCAAGGUGGUCAUCUGUGUCAUCUGGGUCCUGGCUCUCCUGCUGGCCUUCCCCCAGGGCUACUACUCAACCACAGAGACCAUGCCCAGCAGAGUGGUGUGCAUGAUCGAAUGGCCGGAGCACUCCGACAAGGUUUAUGAGAAAGUGUGAGUAGAGACAACCCUCCAGGGCCUUCGCUGUCCUUUCUUGUUCCUUCUCUCUUUCCAUGUUCUUUUGUUGCUUAGGAUUUAAUGUGUAUCUGUAAGCAUUUCUCACAACCCCUCUAAUAUCAGGUUAAUGUGCCCAUACUUAUCAGGGGACCAUUAUGUCCCAAACACUAUUUUGGACUUUGAAUGAAAAUUUUUAACAUGUAAAACCUGGGUCCUGUUAUAGCAUACCAUUUGGGUGCACUUCCAUAUUCUUCAUAUGUUUUGCCAGAAACUUUGCCUGCUAGUGUCUGCAUUCCUUUGCUGGGAACUUUUUCUUAACCUAUGGAAUGGCCCCUUGCCCUCUUGCACAGCAUGGCAGAGGGUGAGGGAAUGACCCCCACUCCCAGCAGUUCUCGACAAGGACUGCUGGGAGUUGGCGUGUAGAUACCCCAGCCCCCUCGCCCUUCAGGUGGGGUGUCUCUGGCGUGUGUGUUUUCCUGUGUUCAGGGUUUACUCUUGGGAUUA